AUGAACCUCGUUCCGCAAAGCACGUCUUCGUCUAGCGGGAAAUCACUCAAUACUACAUCAUCCCAUACUCCCAAUCAACAACAGCAGGGUCAAACCACAUCUUCUAGCUUCGAGUCAAGUACAAGGCGUUCUGGAAGUCAUUCAAGUGGGGUGCCUUCGGCUGCCAGAAACAAUCAAACUCAACGAAAACAGCAUAGGAACUCCAAGAAACCCAGGCUCGCGGAUGAGGAUGCUAUGGCGGAAUCCGCGGCCAUGAGAAAUGUAAAUAGUCGGAGAGGGCAGACUUCAAUCACACAUCUUAUGAACAUUACUCUUCCUCCGAGACCACAAGACUAUCGAAAUACUAUUUCAAGAGGAACAAGACGUGGAAAUAUAUAUGGAAUCGGAUCCGGUCACCAUUCCAGUGAUAAGGCGAGAUACAUUCACGCAAACUAUCGAUUUAUAGUCAGACCAAAUGGGGAUUAUAAGCAGCAAGCUUUGUUCGCAGACCAGCAUUUGGACUGGAAUGAUGUUCUACAAAUCCUCGCAUCCGCCGAAUCGCAAGACGCAUCAUGCCCAAUCUGCCUCUCACACCCCGUAGCCCCUCGAAUGGCAAAAUGCGGCCACAUUUUUUGUCUCCCGUGUCUCAUUCGUUACAUGCAUUCCACCGACGAUACAAAUCCUAUACCAGAGAAGAAAGCUCGAUGGAAGGCAUGUCCAAUUUGUUGGGAUACCAUCUAUAAUUCAGAAACUAGACCCGUUAGGUGGUUUACUGGACAAGAAGGACCGGCCCCUCGUGAAGGAGAAGAUGUUGUAUUACGAUUAGUUGUGCGACAACCUGGAAGUACUUUGGCACUGCCAAGGGAUGGUGCGGAUGUGCUCGAUAAGUCGGAAGAUAUUCCAUGGUAUUUGGCUGCCGAAGUUACGGAUUAUGCUCGAAUCAUGAAAGGCAGCGAAGAAUAUAUGAUGGAACAAUUCGAGCUAGAAAUCGAAGCAUUGAAGCAACAAGAAAAUAUAGACGAAUUGAUGUUUGGAGAGGAACCCGAGUGGACUCGGAAAGCGGUCAAUUCUAUAAAUGACGCGAAGGAGAAAAUAAAAGGUAUCGGUGGACCACCACCUCCACCAAGGCAGCCGACGGAGAAGAAACCUAAGAGGCAACCCAUACAAUUCAAUCCUGUUGAUCAAGAUGCUCCAGAAAUGUAUUAUGUCCAGCAUGCUUCAAAGUCAGGCCUGACUAUCCCUGUUUCAAUGUCGUCUCCAUCAACAGCUGUUCCUUUCCAAUUAGAUUCGGAAGCAACUCCACUGCAACCUUCAUCUCAUCCCGCUUCGAUCGCAAAUACUCCACAAAUGCGUCCGAACAACACCCGGCAAAUUGAUGGGCAUUCCCCAGAUGCUCCAUACUUCUUUUACCAAUCUCUUCUUCACUAUUAUCUCGCUCCCCUCGAUAUCAGGAUCCUCAAAUCCGCUUUCGGCAAUUUCGCUUCAUUUCCCUCAACUUUGCUUCCCCGUGUUGAACGCGUAUCAACUCAUGUAAUGGAUGACGAAUUGCGAAAAAGAACAAAGUAUUUGGCGCACUUACCAUUUGGUUGCGAAGUAGGAUUUCUGGAAUGCAAUUGGACGGAUGUUGUUCAGCCGGAAAUUCUGAAUCAAUUUAAAGAAGACAUUGAGCGACGAAGAAAACGUAACAGGGAUAAGGAGAAUCGUGAGGAGAAAGAUAGACAGCGUGCUGAGAAGGCAGAGGAUAAUGCACGCUGGGCUAAUGCUAGACAGAAGCAACCCGAAACAUCCCCGGGAAGCCAUUCUGAUACCGAUUACGCCCAGCUCGCAUCGACGUCCAUUGACCCUAUGAAUGCGUCUCCCCCUUGGACCUCACGUCAAGGCUCUUCUUUCGGAGCAUUGGCUUCACCAUCCACAAGCCCUCCUGCGCCAAGAACUGUUUGGGGAACCGCUUCUGUAACACCAUCUUUGCCAGAUCUCCAUCUUCAAAAUGAUAAUGACGGUGAUGAUGGUUGGCUACAAGCUUGGGAACAAGAGAUUCAGGCAGAUAAUGCAGAGACUGCACUCAUUGCUCAAGUUCAAGCAGCUUCCUUGAACGGAGAAAGUAGUUCAAGUGCUACUCCUCCUCCUCCUACUCAAGGAAAGAAGAAGAAGGCAAAGAAAAUUACAUUAAUGAGCACAACAGCUAGAAGAGCGGCAUGA